UGUGCCGCGCGUCGCGCUCCGUGUGGACAGCGCAGCGCAGCGCCUCUGUGUGUGUGUGAGAGCGGUCGCGUGCGGAACCGUCUGGGCCGCCCUGUCUGGUACCUCUCGCUCAGUGUGCCAGCCAACGAGUGCGCCGCUCGGCCAAUCGGGAGAACUCGGCUCUGCGCCGCUCCGAAUAGUAUCGUUCCGCUCUGACUCUCGGAAUGUGUUUGUGACAGUGGGCCCGAGGACAUGGACCGACACCACUGUAACUAGAAAACAACCUCUCUGUCCCACAUAUACAUACACAUACACACUGCAGUUUUGUUUCUGCCUGUCGUUUUGUCCGUGCGUGGGUUUUAUUGUGUCGAGUUUUGUAGUACUUUUUCUGUUAUGUGUCUCUGACCACCACCGCCCGCUCUUGUGUCCCCUUGUGGAAACUGACCUGUGCGCCCCAUCCCACCCCGACUCCCUCCGCACGCCCUCGUUUUCGUUUCUGUAUGUGGCGUCGCACUGUUGCGCUACCCGCUUCCAUCCCCUCCCCGUGUUGUCGCUGGCCCUGCCUGUUGUUGCCGUAGUUGCUACCACCUCCCGAGCCGGGCUCGCCGCAGGCGGUUGUGCAGCGCUAGCUGUUGUAGGUCGCCGGCGCGCGGCCAGCGUCACCGCCACCAGUAGGCAGAGCCCCAGGCGUCGCCGGAGCCGCCGACGCCGACGCCGACGCCGACGCCGUCCGGCAGCGGCUGCAGCACGCGCCCGGCGCCCGAGCGGCGAUGACCGGGCGCUCGACCGCCUGGAGGAGGGGUUGUUCCGCAGCGGACGAGCAGCAGCAGCAGCAGCAGCAGCAGGCGGGCCGAAGGCGCGUCGCGGACACCGGGGUCUGCGCCCGAAGCCGAAGCCCGAGCCGCCGAACCGGUGCCGCUGGCCAGCGCGAUAACCGCCGCGGGCAGAGAUAAGCGGCGCGGCCAGCAGCGCACCGCGGGCACUCAGCCGAGCGCGGGCAGCCAGUGCAGCCGCAGACGCACACGCACACGCACAGCACAGCACAGCACAGUCGCCACCGCGCCCCUCAUGGAGAUGCUGCAGAGCCUCAACGCGCUCGCCACCAAGCUCUCGCCGCAGACGGACAGCAACGCCAACAAGGUGGGCGGCGGCGUGGGCGGCGUGUCGGUGAGCCAGCUGCGGCAGCUGCACAACAACAACCACCCGUACAGCAAGCCGCAGCGGCUGUCGCCCCAGCCGCAGGCCCAGCCCCAGGCGUCGCCCCAGCCGCUGGCGCAGCCGCAGCCGGUCCGCGACGCCGACGCCGACGCCGACGCCGACUCGCCCCCGCAGCCGGCCACCAACGGCCACCCCAGCCCGGACCCCGCCGAAUCCGACGCCGACGCCGACGCCGACAAGGACGCAAACAUGAACAACUCGGGGAACAACACGAGCGAGCAGCCGGACCCGGACUUCAUCAAGAUGUUCGUGGGCCAGAUCCCGCGCUCCAUGGACGAGAACGACCUCCGGAAGAUGUUCGAGGAGUUCGGACGCGUCCACCAGAUCAAUGUGCUCAGGGACAAAGUUACCGGACAAAGCAAAGGUUGCUGCUUCGUGACGUUCUUCACGCGUAAGUCGGCGCUGGACGCCCAGAAUGCGCUGCAUAACAUCAAGACCCUGGCAGGGAUGCAUCACCCCAUCCAGAUGAAGCCUGCGGACAGCGAGAACAGGAACGAGCGGAAGCUGUUCGUGGGCAUGCUCUCAAAAAAGAGCUCUGAAAAUGACGUGAGGGCUAUGUUCAGCCCCUUCGGCACCAUUGAAGAAUGCACAGUUUUGCGAGACACCAAUGGUCAGAGCAAAGGCUGUGCCUUUGUUACAUACACUUCCAAACAGUGUGCCAUUAAUGCAAUCAAGGCCAUGCACCAUUCCCAAACAAUGGAGGGCUGUUCUUCACCUUUAGUAGUGAAAUUUGCUGACACGCAAAAGGAAAAAGACCAGAAACGACUCCAGCAGUUACAGGCAAGCAUGUGGAGCUUACCGACAGCUAAUCUGGGUGGUAUAAACCCUCAAUAUCUGGCCUUGCUGCAGCAGUUGCAGAAUACAACAAACUCGACAACAACAAAUGGGCAGACAGCGGGUCUGUCGGCAUUAAAUUCUGUGCAACAACAGCUCCUCCUGCAACAGCAGCUACAGGCUGCACAAAACACAACCAGUCUGCAGAGUUUAGCAGCAUUACAGAAUUCCACAGGAUUAAACUUGACAGGCUCUACAGGUACUGCAAGCACAGACAUCAAUCCAGCAAAUCUUCAGGGACUUGCAACAUUAGCUAAUUUAUCUGUAGCAAACCCCACGGUCAGUCCUAUGAGUAUGCAGAAUCUUGUAACACUUGCAGCGAUGACUGGUGGCAGUGGAACUAAUCUGCAAGUAUCACCUACAGGAUCCAGUGCAUCUGGUUUAAGUAGUCCAGCUCUCUCGAGCCUAACCAACUCGACUGCAGCACUCCUAAGGAAAGCAAGUAGUGCAGGUCUCCUAGGAAAAACAAGCAGUACAGGGUCGCUAACAGGACAAACGUCAGGUGGUAGCCCACUGAGCCCUGUUACGAGCAUGGGGCUUGGCAGCUUGACAGGGUCACCACUGAACUCGAUGGCCUCCAUCAAUGGCCUGGGUUCUGCAGCUGCGGCGCACAAUGGUACGGGGCUGGGACUGGAUGCCUUGACAUCUGCCUACUCAGGCAUCCAGCAGUACACUGGUUUUCCGGCAUUCGGCAGUGGCGGUGCCCACGGAGGUGGCUCUGGACCUGGGAGCAUAACAGGGGCUGGCAGCACUACAGGACCAGCUGGCAAGCAGAUAGAGGGGCCUGAGGGAGCAAACCUCUUCAUCUACCACUUACCACAAGAAUUCAGUGAUACUGAUCUUGCAUCCACCUUCUUGCCCUUUGGGAACAUUGUGUCAGCCAAAGUAUUCAUUGAUAAACAAACCAAUCUUUCAAAGUGUUUUGGUUUUGUGUCAUAUGACAAUCCAGUCAGCGCCCAGGCAGCAAUACAGGCGAUGAACGGUUUCCAGAUUGGCACGAAGAGACUUAAGGUGCAGUUGAAGCGCUCCAAGGAGGCAUCCAGACCAUACUAAGUGCCAGGAAGGCCUGCGCUCUGUGGUUUGCCCCUGGACCGUCCGUAACCAAAAUAGUCACAUUGUGUCGUACGGGUCCGACGACUGAGAACUGUGCCGGCCACCUGUACGUUUGUGAAUUUCUCUAUCAUUUUGUAUUUUUUUUUACUUGAAAUAACAGCAUUUUAGUAAAAUAGCAUAACAAAAUCAUAUCAGCACAAAGGAGAUAAAAUUUGUGAAGAUUGUAAUUAAAUGUCAAUGUUUCUUCUUUGAAAAUGAAAUGAUCAGAUUUGAAAUACUGUGCACUGUGUUUGCAUGUGACAAUGAAAGAGCAGAAACUGUUUUGCUGAAUACUGUAUGAAAAACUCAGAGUAAUUUUUAUAAAUUGAUGUUGAAUUCUCAAAUAAAACAAAAAAUUAAAAAAUGUCCUUUACAUAACGAAAGCAAUUUGUUAUUUUUUGAACCUGUAAGUUCUUAAGUAUGUUGUCAUUAAGUACAGUAAUAAAUGUAUCUGUGCAGAACACUGUGUAUUUGUUGUUAAAAAUAAGUUUUGUAUUAUGGUGUUAAAUAACUGUUAUGGCGGAUUGGUGUGUGUUUCAUGGAACUGGAAAUAAUUUCUUUAUAUUAUUCAUUUUAGUACUUCAGAUGGUUUACACCAAACAUAGUCUGUACUUCUUAAUUCACUCAGCUCCUGAUAUACUUAUAUAUGUGACAAAUUGCUGAGUAAAUAUUUCAAAUGACAGGACCAAGUGCGCCUCCAGACGAGGGUUAGUGCAGGAUGUGGCAGGCUGCAUCAUUUUAAUUCUUUGACUGACACAGACCUGUAAGCAUUUUAAAUCAGUGUUGUCUUUCACCUGCUGUUGUUGUCAAAUUACUGUAUUUUGUACAAUACAUGUAGUGCCACCUCCUGGAAAGGAUCCCUCACUAAAGUACCAUCUGCCAUAAAUUCACUUUUUCUGUAACCUUGCACUCCAUCUUUUUUUCUCUUAGUAUUCACUAUCUUCAAUGAAAAUGCUAGUUUUAUGUCAUUAUUGUUACCAUUUUCUGUGUACAAAAGGCACUUUUCCUAGUCUUACUUGAAUGCAAUUAAAACAAGUGAUUGUUAAAGACUUAUAGAAUAGAAAAUAAAGAGCGUGUUUAUAUUAUUAUGUUUGAAUGUUUGAUGUUUGAAGGCAGUAUAAAACAGAUCUUCUGUCUCCAGUGAAAAUUGUGUGAACUGAAUAGUACAGUGUCAGAAGGAAAAUAUCUGUAAAGUUACCAAAAGGGACACGGAUUACUUAACCAAAGAUAUGUCGUUAAUGUCUGGUUUGCCAGUUGUACUGUGACUGUUCUUAAUCCCCACCAUUGUUAUGUUAACGUUAUGAUGUAUGAAGGUGCAGCAUAGAUGUUUAAGUUGUUCAGUCUUGGCAUAUAAUUCAAUCUAAAGAAAGGCAGAAACCAUUGAUGAUGACCAUACUGUGUAUUUAUAUGUGGUAGGCUAGGCAAUGUUAUAUUAAUUAUUAAUUGUUUUCAUAGUGAAGAUGUGAUUAAUUUGAAGUAAUAUAUAUCGCCUUAAUUAUGUAUGUUAGUUGUUUACAUCUUGUUUUGUGUCAUGUUGGUAUGAUAGCAAGAUGGAAUUAUUAGUGCUAAUUUUAUUUGUUUCUUUUUGUGGGGUGUUUCUUUAUUUGUUCCAUUCAUAUUAUUGUGAAUUAAUACUUAAAGUUUGUUGUUAGUUAUAUUGUAGAAAGUGUUUAUUUGUUGUGUUCUGUUUCAUCUGGAGCAUGCUAUAAAUGUGAGGCUCUAUCCAUUGGUGUAAAAAAAAAAAAUCAUUGUUUAUGAAUAUGAAAUUUUGCUUACUGUCAUAAAUGACAAUAAUUUUGUUUCACAUCUGAGAAAAUGACUGUUAAUACUACUCCAUUGUGAUAGUCCUCUUUAAUGUUCCUUUGAAUCUGCUUCUUUGAGGGGGAAAAAAAUAAUAUUCCUGUUAAAGAUACGCCCAUUGUUGGCAUGGGCAUUGUCAGAGGCUCAUUAUUCAUAGAACAUCCAAGAAAAAAAUGUAAUUGUGGACUUUCUUUUUGUAGGGAUUCAAAAUGUUUUAUAAACAAAAAUCAGAUUAUUCGAAUGAGGUUAAUGGAGGAGAAACAUUUUUGUAAAUGUCUCCUAUUUCAUACAUCUUGUCAGUUUGCAGUGUUGUUUGUUCCUGCAGCAUAUAUUAUAUUGAGAUGACUUUUAUUCUUUAAAGGGCAUUUGUGAUAUUUGAUGAGCAAACUUUGAUGUGUUUCAAACUUAUUGGAGCAGAUUGACUGUGUUGGCUGUAAGACUAAUGUGAGAAAGAUCUUACAGUCACCUGGCACCUUCAGUAUAGUAGUACUGUAAUCUUUGUUGUGUUUUUGUUGUGUUUAAAAUAUUGUUCAUCAUAUUAUAACAGUCUCUUGGUUCUAUUAUACUGCAAACAACUGUUGUUAAAAUGGUCUACAAAAAUCUCAGGAACAAAAUGUAGUUUCCAUGGUUGUUCUGUCCAAGUGGAGUAGCACAACAGUAUGUCGUGUUCCUUGUUCGAGCCUGUUUUAUGUAAAUUAAAAAGAAGUGCUCACAAUUUGCAGCAUAAGUAUUUAUGUACAUUGAAAGAAAUGUAGACAGAAAUAUUUAGUUUUUAAAAAAAAGAUAUCCACAGCAGAAAAGGGGUAAAAAGCAGAUUUAUACUACUAUAGUCCGAUAGAAUUCAGUUAUGUGGUUAUUUAAGAAAUGACUAAUAAGUGUAUUGUAAAGGGCAGCAUGAAGAAAAUUAAAAACCUAUUUUGAAAGUA